AUGGAACUAGUUAAACAAGUGUGUUCUUCUGUUUUAGUGUUAGUUUUAUCUGUAUGUUUAGUGUGUAGUCAGUCUGUUAGAUCACCGUGUCCUGGAAUAUUUGAUUACGAACGAGUUGAAUCCGGAAUUCGUGGGAAAAUUGUUAUAAGACCUGGUGCGCCUACAACGCAGUUAGUAGUGCAGGUUAAUUUCACCGUAACUGCACAAAUCUUUAAUAACUACUAUGGCAGUUUAAAUCAAGUGAACGAGAGGUUUGCCCUCCAGAAUUACAACCAAGGAUCGCCGAUGGUGUUCCAUGUUACCUUACCAAUGAUGUCACCACUUCCCAAGGUAACUGCGAUUACAGUCAACGGUCAAACAAUAUGCAGAGGACCCGGAGAUACCCUUCGGCCAAACCGAUACCUCACGACCUUCAGUUUGCAGCAUACUUCGUACUUCCAGGGAGGGGCACAGGUGCUGCCGCCGAUACAGCCGUAUCAACCAAAUGGCGGCUCACAAGAUUACGACACUCAAGACAAUACCUAUGAUGUGAAUUCUUCAAGCCAUCCCGUAUACCAACCAAGUAUACCAGCAUAUGAAACAUCUCGCAGACCUAACCCAAUUGUGAACCAAAACUUGUACUAUCCAAGUUAUGAGGAAACAACGCAAAGACCUUAUAAACCUCAGACUCGACCUCAGAACCGACCUCAGACCCUACCGCAGGCACCUAUUCAAGAGAUACCACAAUACUACCCUCCAGUAGAGGAGGUAUACCAAACACCAGAACCUGUCACGACAGAGAGAGUAGUACAGAGGCCUCAACCUCAAUCUCAACCUCAAACUUAUGCUGAAUGUGGAACGAGGUCCAGCAAACUGGAUAAACUUGCACUAAUUUACGGUGGGGAAGACUACCAAAGGGGAGACCAGCCCUGGUUGGUCGCUAUCUAUAAGAAAAGUGGCAGUAACCUUAAUUUUAAAUGUGGUGGUACUCUUGUCUCAAACAGACAUAUUGUCACCGCGGCUCAUUGUAUGUGGUUAGGCGCAGACAAAUCUGCAGUGCAGGACAUGAUUGUGAAACUGGGAGUGCACCGGUUAAGUGACUGGGAAGAUGACAUCGUGGUCACUAGGAGUCUGAUUGAUGUGAAAAUACAUGAAGAAUAUGAUUCCAAUUCGUUUAAAAAUGACAUUUCAGUGCUAAUUUUGAGCAAAGAAGUGAAAUUUAACACGUAUAUACGACCAGCUUGUCUAUGGGAUGGCAAUAAUGCUCUUGAACAAAUUGUCGGGUCUUCUGGAGUUGUGGCAGGUUGGGGUGAACAGAGCAGGCAAGGUGGUGGAGCCGAUAUGCCUCAAUUGGUGCGCUUGCCCAUCGUCAGAACUGAAAAGUGCCGCGCUAGUAAAGAGUCAUUCGUCGAGCUCACCUCUGACAAAACUUUUUGUGCAGGCGAUCACAACGGCGUGGGUCCCUGUAGAGGAGACUCUGGUGGUGGCCUGUAUUUAUUAGACGGAGUGAGGUGGAGACUCCGUGGUAUAGUCUCCGUAUCUCUCCGGGGUCUAGACGGUGGAUGCAAUCUGAACGAGUACGUCGUAUUCACGGACACAGCGAAGUAUUUGCCUUGGAUCAAUAAAGUUUUAUCAACGAAAUAUUAUGAUUAA